UGCUGGCACUAGUUGCAAACAAGCCCAUUUUAUCUACUUGUCUAUACGUGCGAUUGACACCACAGCUAAUUUAUUUAAUUGUUUUUUGCUCGUCUUGUAAUGGCGGAACAAAUCACGAGAGAAGAUGCAUUAGCACGGGAAGGUUUCAGGCAUGCAUGUCACAUUAUGCUGUAUGGAGACUGUAGUGCUAAACUCUUCGGGAAAAUCCCAAUCAAACAUAUAGUACUGAUGCAGAUGCGCUUUGAUGGGUUGUUGGGCUUCCCAGGAGGAUUGGUGAACCCCUCUGAGGAGACUUUGGAGGUGGGGCUAAGCAGAGAGCUUAAUGAGGAGGUGGGCGUGGCUGUAACGGUGGGCAUGGACGAUCACAUCUCCUCCUGCCUUUCCACAUCCUGCCCUCGGCUAAUCACACACUUCUACAUCAAGAAGAUGACCGAGUCAGAGCUGAAAGACAUAGAGAGAGCAGCUGUUUCUACUGCCAAAGAUCAUGGUUUAGAGGUGUUGGGUAUGGUCCGAGUACCACUCUACUUUCUGAGGAACGGAGGUGGUCUUCCUUAUUUCCUGUCUCACUCAUUCAUCAGUAACUCUCGGGCCCAGCUGCUCUCUGCCCUACAGCACUGUGGGCUGCUGUCCCAGGGGGAGCUGGAAAAGGCUGUGAGACAGGCUGAGCAGAUGAGACGCACACACAGCGCUGAUCCACACUGACAUUAGUUUACACAGCGGUGCCUUUUCACCCCAGGGCCAAUACAGCUAUCACAGUAGCCCAGCCCCCAAUGCCAAGAGGAACACCCCCAUGUCUUUACCUUAAACUCAGCCCCUGAUUCAGCCUUGUACAGUGUGUUGCAAAGUAUCACACCUGGUUAAUAUGGCAUCAUAUGUUUAUCCUCAUUUCACUAAUAAUCCCUUACUCCAGGUUCACUUAAAGGGAUAGUUCACCCAACUCAGCCUCAUGUUGUCCAAAGCCGCCUGGCUUUUUGUCUUCCAGGGAGCACAAAAGGGGAUGUUAGGCUUAAUGUUCAGUCACCAUUGACUUUUAUUCUAUGUAAAAAAAAAAAGAUGUAAUAAAUGUGAAUGGCGACUGAGGCCCAUUCAGUCAUCAGUCCCUAACAUUAUGCCAAACAUCUCCUUUUGUACUUUACAGAAGAAAGUCAAGAGGAGUUCGAAACAGCACGAGGGUCAUGACGGAAUUCUAAUUUUUAGGUGAACUAUCCCUUUAAUAGGAUCACUGCUGGUCUUUACAGGUUAAUAAUAUUUUACUCUCAAAAUAUUUGUCAUGUUCUACAGUACUGGGGCAUAAAUGCAACAAAUAAAUAUUACUAAAACAUUGUCAUAAUUAUAAACCUUAUUAAAAUAAUUUCAAAUAAUUUAUAUAAAUGGAUAUAAGUUAAUGUGCAAAUGUAUAAUUUAUUUUUAUGUAUAUAUGUGGCAUAAGAGAGUUAUGUCAGUGGCACCAUUUAAUUGGGUUGAAAUGUUAUUAGAGCUAUUUAUGAAAAUGUAUAAUUUGCAAGAGAAUAGUUUAUUUUCUAGCAUGUCUUCUAAGUGCAUGCAGGUUAUACAAAUAAACAGCAGACAGUUUAUGAGGCCUUGAAUCUGUUUUAUUGUGUCAAAGCUGUUAAAGAGAUAGUGCACCCAAAAAUGCAAAUUCUCUCAUCAUUUACUCGCCCUCAUGUCAUGUGUAUGACUUACUUUCUUCUGCUGAACACAAAUGAAGAUUUUUAGAAGACUAUUUCAACUCUGUAGGUCCAUACAAUGCAAGUGAAUGGUGACCAAGACUUUGAAGGUCCAAAAAGCAUAUAAAGGUAGCAUAAAAGUAAUCUAUAAGACUCCAGUGGUUUAAUCCAAAUAUUCAGAAGUGAUAUGUAGGUGUGGGUGAGAAACAGAUAAAUAUUUAAGUAAUUUUUUACUAUAAAUUAUCCUCCCUGCCCAGUAGCUGGGAAUGUGCAUGAAGAAUGUGAAUUGCCAAAACAAAAGAAGUGAAUGUGGAUUUUUAUUGUAAAAAAAAAAAAAAAAAAAAAAAACAUUAAAUAUUGAUCUGAGGUCUUAAAAUCACAUCCCAUUUGUAGUACUUAGAAUGGCCACAGAGUUGUGCAAUCAGGCUGUCCUACUUGAGUUUUGCAAGCAAGUCUUUUAUCUCCAGCUGUAGUUUAAAGCUGCAUUGUGUAAUUUCUGAGUUCGUAGCAUCAACAAAUAGCCCCGUCACAAAUACAUUUAAUUGUUUAAGACGGGAUGCUCAAACAAGCAGAAUAAUGUUUUGAUAGUGCAACUGUGUUUACACUUUUCAGGGAAAUUAAUAGCUAACUUUCUGAAUAGUUGUGUCAGCUUAUUAAGAUGGGAAAGGAGAAAGUAUAAAACACUGGAAAAAAUGACACAUCACCUUUAAAUAACUAUUAAAUAGUGUUAUUAAGAAUACUUUGUUGAACACAUCAAUUACUGCAAUUAGAGUGCAGUUCAUUUUAACACAAACCUUUUAGCUUUCCCUUUAUUAUUAUAGAAAACCGUUCCACAGAAUUCAUGACUUUCAGCAUUCUCAUUACAUUUGAGUUAGAAACCUUUGACCUCUAAUAUCAGAUUUAUUUGACAUAAAACCAGGCUUGCCCAGGGUUGACAAUCUUGUGCGUGCGUGCGUGCGUUGCAGUUUAUGUUAUGUUUGAGUUCAGUUUGUUAUUAAAGGUUUAUGUUGACUGUUCUGCCAGUUCCUGCCUCCUCUUUGUCCAUCUUAAAAACCUCGUUACACUGGUGCCAAAUCCUGGGAAGGAGGAGGGAUGUGCUGUUGAGGAGUCCUCGCUGCUUCCAUCCGCCGGGAAGUGGAGGAGCCGCUGCUGUCCGC